AUGCCAGAACAGGGAAUAUCGCUCCUUCAUUCAGAGUUUUCAUUCAUCAACUUGCUGAAGACUGGGAGUACAAGCAAGAUGCGUGUGAUUCAAUUCCUGUUGUCGGCUACCAUCGUUCUUCUCGCGAGCAGCAACGACAUUGCUGCCACAACCACCCACGAUGCAGUCGCCAAAAGCAAGCUAUCGGCUGAAAUACCCGACGACAUCUUCGUCAAAAGCGUGCCUUUCAUAUACGGCAAUAUCACCGGCAAAAUGGUGAUCAUCAUUGAUAAGGACUCCCUCCACGAAGUUUCUACCGCUGCUUCCAGUUCUUCGGAUGUCUUCGACUUUACUGAACUGGACAAGCCGGAUUCUGCUUCGGGUGAUUAGGACCGAGGUUUAUUCUCGUUCGCAGCGAGUCAGUUCAUCAACUACAAGGUUACGUCGGGUGUCAUUUCGUGGGUUAAGAAGAUGACCCUUCUUACUUUCUGGAGAAACAUACUCAUAAAACCUGAUUACUAGUGCUUCAUUGUUUCAAUAUAAUUGAAUCGGAGGUACUGUAGCCUCAAUCUUGGCAUUAC